AACCGUGAGAGGAGGAAUAACCACGAGGGUGGGGGGCGUGUGUGUGUGUGUUUGUGGGAUGAAAACCAUUAGGGGGUGUGUAGUUGUGUAGGGGAUAACAGUGAGCACGUGUGUGCAUGCCUGCUUUGGAGCUAAAAUUCUCUUGAAUUUGUGUAGCAUCUAUUGCAUUUGAGGAAGUUGUAUAAAGGUUAAGGGAAUCCCUAUAGCUGGUUUGGGUAAAACUGGGAACACUGGGCAAGUGCUCUUUAUUCUCUAUUGUGAGUCUCAGUGUUGCUGCUGGAGGGCUGAAGGGCAUCGCCUUAAGCCUUUGCUCUGAUAAUUUGAGUACCAGCCAGUACGAGUUUCCAGCCUCUUGGAAGUACUUGCAUUCUGUGUUCUUGACUGAUAUCUGCAAAAACAAGAUCUAAACUGCAGACGACAGUAGAAGGGUGUUAGCUGCGUUCCUCAGUCAAUAAAUAUCGCAAUCCAGCCUUUUUGGAGUACCCAAAUACUCCAUAAGCAAUAGAUAUUCCUAGACACCAUGCAGGUGCAUUCCUGGCUGUACCCUGGCUUACUGUGCCCUGAAUGUUCUGAACCAACCUGAAACAUCUCUGUGGUUCCAAAUCAAGCUUCACUUGCAUCAUGGAAUUCUGUGAAAGUGUUUUCAAUUGAAUCUGUGUUUCAGUCUGCCCUUGAAACUCAGUUUGUAAUCAAUGUGACAUCAAGUGUGUGUAAGCAAGGGUUGUGUUCAGCAGAAAGUUCUGUGCAGGUGAUUUCCCCCUUUGCCUGGAGCUUUCUCAUUGCAGAGAACUACAUUUGUUUGGUUUGUGUAAAACUAAAGCCAGUAUGAUCCACUGGAUGUUUCACGAGGACUUUUUCCUUUCAGGCAUUUGGACAGCACAAGUAUUUUCUGCUUUUCCUUGUAACAGAGCUGCCCUAGCAGGAAAAAACCCAGAGUCUCCCUCUGACAGUAUGGAAUGCUAGCUUGGAGCUCAUCUGACACGCCUGAGGAGGAACCUGUGGCAUUCCAGAUUUAGAUGUCUCAAUGGAUAUGUGGAGCUACUUCCAUACUUGCCUGGUGUCCAUAUGGCUGCACAGAUUUUACAUCUAUUCUGCUGUUGCUUUUGGCAUCAGCCUUUGGAUUGUCAUUCAGUUCACCACCACCAGAACCAAAAGGAAGGGUGAGAAAUCCCAUGGGAGUCCCUCUUCCCCCGAGGGAACAUCAGACAAACUGGAAAAUGGAUGUGCCCUGCGUCAGGCACAGGGGGUCCAUGUUUCUGGAGUGAAGAUCUUCUAUGGCUCUCAGACUGGCACAGCAAAGAGAUUUGCCAAAGAUCUGGCUGAAACUGUUACUUCCCUUAAUUUGCCUGUGGAAGUCAUUAACAUGGGAGACUAUGAUCCAGAAGAUGGUUUAGUAGAGGAGACAAGCAGCAGGAAGAUCUGUGUGUUCCUGGUGGCCACCUACACCGAGGGGCAGCCCCCAGAAAGCGCAGCCUGGUUCUGCAAGUGGCUGGAAGAGGCAGCCAAUGAUUUCCGUGUCGGGAAAAGCUUCCUGCAGGGCCUGAGAUACGCUGUGUUCGGGCUGGGGAACUCAGCCUAUGUGGAUCACUACAACACAGUUGGAAGGAGGAUGGACAGGUGGCUGUGGAUGCUCAGUGCCAGCAGGAUCAUGGCUCGAGCUGAGGGGGACUGCAAUGUGGCCCAGAGCAAGCAUGGCAGCAUUGAGGCUGACUUUGAGGCCUGGAAAGCCAAGUUCCUCACUCGGCUCCAGGCGCUCUGCAGAGGGGAGAAGAAGCCCUGCAGGGGGAAGUGCAAGAAAGGGAAGUGCAAAUCUUCAGGGAAGCGGAGCAAGGAAAGCUCGGACCGUGAACAGGAGACAUCAGAACAGGACAAUACUGAGGCAGAGGAAUUGUUUGAAACCAGUAGUGAGGAGGAAGCUGGAGGCACAGAUUCUGUCAUUGAUGUUGAAGAUCUUGGCAAUAUCAUGGGCCACAUGAAGAAAGCAAAGAGAGAGCAGGAUCUGCAGGAGGGAGCUGCUGGAGCUGAGAGGAGAGAGAUGAUCACCCCGGCCCUGAGGGAGGCGCUCACUAAACAAGGUUAUAAACUCAUUGGGAGCCAUUCUGGAGUGAAGCUCUGCCGAUGGACAAAGUCGAUGCUGCGGGGCCGCGGGGGCUGCUACAAGCACACCUUCUAUGGCAUCGAGAGCCACCGCUGCAUGGAGGCCACCCCCAGCCUGGCCUGUGCCAACAAGUGUGUCUUCUGCUGGAGGCACCACACGAACCCCGUGGGCACUGAGUGGCGGUGGAGGAUGGACCAGCCCGAGGAGAUCCUGCAGGAGGCCCUUGAGAAGCACCAGAACAUGAUCAGGCAGUUCAAAGGUAACUUCUCCUCUGUCCCCACCCCUGGUGCUGUUAGAGAUGAUUUAAUUUCUUUCUCCUGUUUCAAUCUGUGUCCAAGACAGGAACAUCUUCCCUGGGUCAGAAUGGGAUGUCAGUGGGAUUUUUCCUUUGUCCUUGGGUCAGAAUGGGAUGUUAAUGGGAUUUUUCCUUUAUUCCAGCAACAGCGCACUGUUUAUAGGCUGACCCUGGUGAAAGCUUGGAACGUGGAUGAACUCAAAGCUUAUGCUGACCUGAUAUCCCUUGGGAAACCAGACUUCAUUGAGGUCAAGGGUGUGACCUACUGCGGGGAGAGCUCUGCCAGCAGCCUGACCAUGGCCAACGUGCCGUGGCACGGGGAGGUGGUGAGCUUCGUGCAGGAGCUGGCGCGGCUGCUCCCGGAGUACGGCAUCGCCUGCGAGCACGAGCACUCCAACUGCCUGCUGCUGGCCCACAGCAAGUUCCAGGUGGAUGGCGUGUGGAGGACCUGGAUUGACUACGGCCGUUUCCAGGAGCUGGUCAGGGAGCACGAGCGCAGCGGUGGCUCCAGGACCUUCACAGCAGCUGAGUACACGGCCAGGACUCCUACCUGGGCCCUCUUUGGGGCCAGGGAACGGGGAUUUGACCCCUUGGAUGUGAGAUUCCAGCGGAAGAACAAGGCACGGGACGCCUCGGGGUGCUGAGGGCUGGGGCUCCCGCACCCUGCCUUCCCAGGACUCCAUUUCGGGCUGACACCUAUUUUGGAUCCACCCACCUGGAUUAUCCUGAUGUUUAGGAAGGGGGUCCAGCCUGGAUUUAACCCCUCCUGUUUUUAGGGCUUUCUGGAUGAAAAUAUUGAUAAUGUUCUUACCUUGAGAUAAAUCAGAACUGGUU